AUGGACAACCUCAGCACUAGGAAAGUCCUCAUAGGGCUAAAAUGGGCUGAUGUUCAGCCGGGGUGGCGAAUCGAGAUCAAUAUACCGCCCCGGCAUGGAGCAGGAGAAAGAACGAGGCCUGAAAAGAAAAUUGUUAAGAGUGUUGCGAUACCAACUGCUGACUACAUAUGGAGAUAUGACUUAACGCGUACGUUUCGCUUCAAUGUACCCGACAAGAAGGCGAAAUGUGAGCCACAGCCAGCAACCGAGGACAAUGUUAAGAAAGUACCUCCGGUAUUCCCACACGUGGGCAAGGCCUACAAGCUGGAGGACGUCAGGAGAUACUCUCCCUUCCACUUCCCCGGCCAGUCUAAGCUCGAAUGGGUUGUAGCCCGUGCAGACGAUAUCCUCAACUGGGGCCGCAGGAAUUCUUUGUGGCCGAUAACUUUCGGGCUCGCGUGCUGUGCUCUGGAGAUGAUGCACUAUGCUGGACCCAGAUAUGACAUGGAUCGUUUCGGAAUGGUAUUCCGGGGUACACCAAGGCAGACAGACGUGGUCAUCGUCGCUGGGACUGUCACUAACAAGAUGGCUCCCUGUCUUCGCAAGACGUACGAUUUGAUGCCCGACCCUAAGUGGGUAGUGUCAAUGGGUAGUUGUGCAAAUGGGGGUGGAUAUUACUAUUACACUUACUCCACUUGCCGCGGAGCAGAUAGAGUUAUACCAGUCGACAUAUACGUUCCAGGCUGUCCACCAACGGCUGAAGCCCUCCUAUACGCAAUGCUUUUGCUGCAGAAGAAAAUAAAACGCAUGAGGGUCUGCCAAAUUUGGUACCGGGGUUAA